UGCGGUUGUGCACCUAACCGGAAAGCUGGCGUGUCGUGGGCAAGUCCCGUAUGGAGGAUACUAUCUCCGGACUGGCGAUCUCCUGACAAUAGGAGCUGUCGCUACUGAUGUACUGCGAGACAACUUACGGAGUUCGAGAGUAGAAGUGUUUUCGCAGAUAAAUAAAGGCACCCGCGCAGUCAUUUCUGCGGCACUGCAGGACAGGCCGGUCCAAGUUUUCAGUAAGAUCGCGGAGUUGAAAGGCACACCUCGCAACUUUAAAUUCCCGUAUUCGCUCUGUAUUUGUGAAUACUGGUCGUGCCGCUGAAAUUCGGCAUUUGAGCAUUUGACGCCAAAGAAAAACGAAGUAGCGUUAAUUCGACAGACACUACACAGCGUUUAUAAAAUAUAGUGUAAACAAACAUUUAGUUUCUAUGUGGACAUAAGCUGAAUGCUUGCGGUGUUAGGCGGUACGUUGAAAGAAGCCGGGAGCUCAUUGCUGACUGCACAGUUUCUUAAAGGGGGAUAACUGGGAAAGAGGACCAAACAGUGGGCAUGGUUUUUUCGUCUUCUUUAGUGGUCCAUCUCAACUGUUUUUCUUUAUAAAACGGCACUGUGAAGGUCUAAGGAGUGAAAGACCUGCGCCGGAAUUUUUAUCUCUUGGAAAACAAUAACAACGUAAUAGCUAGCCUAAUAAUAAUAAUCUCUGCAAAAAAUAAAUAAAACUAUAAAUGACAACAGCGCAGGGAUCACCAGCUCGAAAACAAUGGAACCGGCCGGAAUAUAAAUCAAUCAACCUGGACUACCGUUUCUGAUUCCACAUCUUUUGAUAUAUACAAGCAUAGAAUAAAAUAAAACAUAAUUUGUAAAUGUUCUAACGCCUGAAGGGAUAAAAAGGCAGCAUAACUAAUAUAUUUGUACUUCAUGUGCUCAAAUGAGAGCUCCGUAUUUGUUUUAUACAGAAUUUUUGAAGUUGUUUUUUUUAAUUCAUACAUGCCUUUGUGAAGUAAACACCAAGAAAGUUUCCGACUUAAGGAAGAGAAAAGGGGAAGCGCCACAAAAAUGUACUUCAUCAGUCUACUACAGGGUUUUAAAAACAAAUUGAAAAGGCAUGAAAUAGGAAUGAACAGUGUCAUCUGCAGAUGUCUGAUUUUUACCCUCUGGAUGACCUUCAUCUCCAGAGUGGCAGCAGACAUUGCCUGCGAUGCCCUGCUCCUGCUGUCAGGAAAUAUUUCGGUGCAUUCUUUGGCUUCAUGGAAUCAAACAACAAGCAAUAUAACAGGAUUGUUCUGCAACACAUCAAUAGAUGGAAUAGGCACCUGCUGGCCCAAGAGCAGCGCUGGAGAGAUGGUGUCACGGCCCUGUCCAGAGUUCUUCUAUGGCGUCAGAUACAACACCACUAAUAACGUGUACAGAGAAUGCCUCUCGAAUGGGACCUGGGCGAUGAAGGGAAACUACUCUCAGUGCCAGGCUAUUCUUAAUGAAGAGAAAAAGAGCAAGUUGCAUUACCACAUUGCUGUGAUCAUCAAUUACUUGGGUCACUGCAUCUCCUUGGCGGCUCUCCUUGUGGCUUUCAUCCUCUUCAUGCGCCUGAGGAGCAUCCGAUGCCUAAGGAACAUUAUUCACUGGAACCUGAUUACCGCCUUCAUCCUGCGAAACGCCACCUGGUUUGUGGUGCAGCUGACCAUGAACCCAGAAGUGCACCAGAGCAAUGUGAUUUGGUGUCGCCUGGUCACAGCUGCAUAUAAUUAUUUCCAUGUCACGAACUUCUUCUGGAUGUUUGGCGAGGGCUGCUACUUGCACACAGCCAUUGUCCUGACAUACUCCACAGACAAGCUAAGGAAGUGGAUGUUCAUCUGCAUCGGCUGGUGCAUUCCAUUCCCGAUCAUUGUUGCAUGGGCAAUUGGUAAGCUGUACUACGACAAUGAAAAAUGCUGGUUUGGGAAGCGGGCAGGUGUAUACACAGACUACAUCUACCAGGGCCCAAUGAUUCUAGUUCUGCUGAUCAAUUUCAUUUUUCUGUUUAACAUUGUUCGGAUUCUCAUGACAAAGCUCAGAGCUUCCACCACGUCAGAAACCAUACAGUACAGAAAAGCUGUGAAAGCUACUCUGGUUCUCCUUCCUCUGCUUGGAAUCACAUACAUGUUGUUCUUCGUCAACCCUGGAGAAGAUGAAAUAUCACAGAUUGUAUUUAUAUAUUUCAACUCAUUUUUGGAGUCAUUUCAAGGCUUCUUUGUGUCAGUGUUUUAUUGCUUCUUGAAUAGCGAGGUACGUUCCGCGGUCCGGAAACGGUGGCACCGGUGGCAGGACAAGCACUCCAUCCGUGCCAGAGUGGCAAGAGCCAUGUCCAUCCCCACCUCCCCCACCCGGGUCAGCUUCCACAGCAUCAAGCAGUCAACAGGGGUCUGAUGACGGAGUGUCCCAGUCCCUCCGGCCCACUCACCAGGGAACACGCAUGCUGGGAACAGGGUACAGGCAGAACUCAAGUGCAGAGACGCAAACGCCAGUGCAGGAAACCCUGCUGCACCGAUCUGUAGAAAAAGUAUCAAGAAAUAAAGCUAAGAUCAAGAAAAAAAAAUAAACCCCAAAUACAACUGUUCACAUAAUGUCCUUAGAAAUGACCUCCUAGCUUUUACAAUUCCCUGAUGGUGAAUAUACAAGUCAUUACCAAACAUAACAUAAGAAAAGAAAUAAGGUUACUAAGAAUGAAAAGGGUUCUGUAGUAAACAGAAAACAGAUGAGCCCAAUGUAUGCCAACAUUUCCUAAUAGGCAGCCUAAUUGAGGCCUAAACUGGAAACGUGUUUUAUUCGUGAAAAUAUUACCCCUGUAUUUUACUCAUAAUGGAGAUUAUGUUUAUGUUUAUCUUCAAAGCCACACUGAAUCUAUACAUGCAAUUUAUUGUCAGAAGGACAACUCAGCUGUCAAUUGUGGCUGGUCACAAGAGUCUUGCUCAGGUUUUUCUCCACAAUUCAUCGGUCAGCCGCACAGAAAACAGUCACCUUGCUGCUGUCCUGGUGGGGAAGCCGAUGGACCGCGGCUCCGUUUCUAUGUGCUGCAUCACUCGUUGUCAUGCAUUCCACCACCAUGAUACUCCAUGGCGCCUUUGCUAUAUAGGUAACAUCCAGUGGGACACAUGAAAUCUGGAGAUAUUUGCACCAUAUAAGUACAUAUAAGCCACCAAGGCUUUUUUCAGCGUGGUAUUAUGGCUUUCUAGAUAACUUUCAGAUCAAACAUUAUAAAUGAUAUUUUACCUUGCACACCAUGUAGGCAGAACAUAUACACAAUUCUUAGAAACCUGAUGCAUUUCUUACCAAGAAAUAACUGAAGAAAAACUAUUUGGUUUAAUUACCCAUAAAUACACAUUCUUUUUAUUAUUAAACAAAAUGUUCCCAGUGGCUUAAUAAAUGCAUAUUUUGGAAGGUUACAUAUGAUCGUCAAAAUAUGCUCCAAGUCACAGGCAGUGUUUGAAUAGUAAAUCACACAUUUUGAUGUGCAUACAGGUAUAUAUUCCCAGGCAAAUACCAUUACAGAUGAAGAAAAUCAGAUGGAUCACUGUCCAGACAAAUGGGAUAUACAAUACACAACGUGUAGAUGCAAUUGUUUUACUGUUGUGAUGCAACUCUUUCUAAAAUGGCUAAGAACUAAGCACAUAAGUUCUUUCUCAUCUGCUGUGCCAUUGAUCUAAUUGGACUGAAAACUGGAAUACAUGCAUACAUUGGUGAUCUUACUGUGGAGAAAUGAUGAAAAAUCAAUAUUGGUGUCAUGAGCUUUCCCGUUUGGGUGGAUCUGGAUAUUAUCUAACCAAAAUGUGACUUAUUUGUUAAUGUGAUGUCCAAAGAUAACAUAGUGUCAGUUCCAGUUUUUGGAUUUGUAGUGUAGUGGCACAAAAAAAAGUAUACAAUACACAUUGUAAACACUUUAUUUUCCAUUUUUCUAUUGUUCAGGUGAGAUGAAUAGUUGUAAAAUUACUGUUCGGUUUGCAUAUAUAUAUAUAUAUAUAUAUAUAUAUAUAUAUAUAUAUAUAUAUAUAUAUAUAUAUAUAUACAGAAGUGAGCACCGAUUCUCACUGAACACAGGAAAAUAGGAAGGAAAUCUUCAUAUCCAGCUAACACAACUCAUAUAGACGUUUAAUUCACACAUCAUGGAGUUCACCAAGUAUUCCUAAUUGCACAUUAAAAAUUGUUAGUUUUUGUGUAAUCUUCUGCAUCAUUGUUGAUGAAGCUGAUCAGUGACACCUAUGUUCAGUGGUCAGGUGUUUGCUUUUGUAUUAUCAGCAAAUUUCAGCAUUAGUCUCCAAAAUGUCCUGACAUCCAUUAAUUUCUCUUGCCUUUCCAGAAUGCCCACAGCCUUAUUACAUUGCCACAACAUGACACAUGCCUGAAUUGGUUUUUUACCCUGGAAAAUUAUGCCUGUAAAUGUGAAGCAUUGAGAUAAAGGGGAAGGGUAUUAAAACUUCA